AUGGCCGCUUCCCUCUCCUCUCUUCCAAUGCACGGUCUCUCCACCUGGUCUUCACUCACCUCGGCCAUGUACCACACGCCUUCUGGGCUGCUCUUCCCUCGCGGGUCAUGCAGGCCGUUUCAUCAUACACGGGAAGACGUGGAUCAUGUCCUCCCGCAAGUUAGCUGCUCCAGUGGUGAACGGUACGGCUCUAUCUGCGCUUCGCCCCUCCCCGCCGGGCCCUCGGCAGUAUCUGGCCCCCAGUAUUCGUACACGCACGGUGGUAGUGUCUGUCGAUUGGCUUCGCAGUCCUAUCUACCAGUGUUCGAUUGGUUAGGCGAUUGUCAGCAGCGACCAUCUCAAUACAUCGUCGAGAAGACUUGCGAAAUGAUAUGCUACCUGUGGUUUUCAUCGCUACCUUCAUCGUCGUCUCCAUCAAAACGAAACUGUCCUGACCCUCAACAGCCUCAACCUUACUUCCCUCACAGUAGUUCCUCGACAGCAUCUCUGCAAUUUUCCGUCUCUCCCGCUUUCGUCCGCUUCAUGCAAAAGGUCCUGGAGACGACCCAAGUCAGCCAAUCUGUUAUCGUGCUCUCGCUGCAUUAUAUAUAUCGUAUGAAGGCGCGUAAUCGUUUCACCACCGGUCAAGCCGGCAGCGAGUAUCGAGUUGCUUUGGCGGCCCUUAUGAUGGCUAAUAAGUUUGUUGACGAUAAUACAUACACGAACAAGACGUGGGCUGAGGUAUCUGGCAUUGGCCUAGCAGAGGUGAACAAGAUGGAGAGGGAGUUCCUUCUUGGAAUCGAUUUCGGCCUUUACGUGGACGAGACGACUUACGAUUCAUGGCUAAACCUGUUGAAGGGUCUUACCAUGGCAAAGGAAAGAGAAUCACAACAUUGGCAUCGUUCUCGGUGGCGCGCACGACCUACACCCCUCUCGAAAGCACAGUUCCACAGGUCCACUUCGAUGUACAGUCCCACUUCGCACUCGACGUCGCACCGUGCCCGUUCUUCAUCGCCGAGCCGUCGUUCUGCUGGCUGCAAGUUUCCUUGUUCUGAGCCUCACAAACAGCACAAUGUGCCAUACGUUUCUUCGUCGCUGUCUGGUUUAAAACGUACUGCUGCGGACGCAUUCUGUCUGGCUCCGACUCCCCGGUUACCCGCGAGCAAUUCUGUCCCCCGGGUCAACGGUCUUCGGCUGGAGAUCCCUCAACCGGACCUCUCCACAAGGGAGAAGCCGUCGCCUUCAGAGCCACUGCAGUUACUCUCAAAGCUGUCGUUGGGUGCAUCACCAGUCGAUGGUGAAGUUGUUCCAACUUGGGCCUCGAGUGCUAUGCAGGAGACCGUGCCGCAGACCCUGGUCUCCGCCUACCGUGUUGAUGAGAGAAUUCAGCAUGCACCUCCUCAGAAUCUCUACUUCUACACUCUGGCAUGCUCGCCAAUGGAAGAGAGGAAUUCACGCAAAGCGAGGUUGCAUUACCACCAACCACCUGCGCCGAUACCGACUGUGCACCACAUUCACGCGCCCGUGCCUAUGAUGGUGCAAUCUGCUUCAGCCAGCCCUUGUGACGUGCAUAGACACUUACCUCCGGCACCCGUCCUGCCACCGUUCUCGGAGUUUUCACGCGAACCUCCAUCAUCAUACGGCGUCGACCUGGCCAACCAACCACCCGCGGAUCAGGGACGCGCAUAUACCCUGCAAGAUCACUCGAUCCCCUCCGCGCCAUUCGCCAACGCUGGACCCCCCGGCUACCAGUUUUACUUUAAUUCUUCCCCAGACGCCCCGUUCGCCCUCUACAGGCCGCGCGGUCGCCGUCUCUAA